AUGCUCUCUGACACGCAUCUCUCCGAACAUUCUCCGUUGACGACUCUGGCUCAGACAGGUCGGCCGCCGGACUCUACAAGCGCUUCGUUUUCAUCGUUGACCUCUUCUCCUAGUGCGCAUCAGGGGGGUUCUCCGAUGAAGGAGGCUACCCCUCAAGCUCUAAGUUACAAGGCAGCUUUGGCAGGUGCCGGGGGUGCGGCAUCGCCAAAGCGGAGUAUGUGGACGUUUGUGGGCACUCAAGACAUGGAAGCCGGGGUUUUCAAUGGUGAGCCUGAGCUAAAGAUAUCGCCUGGUUUCAAGGAGAGGUUAUGCCUUCCAUGGAAGAAGACAUUAGUUCUCCGUCUUUUAGGUCGCUCAGUCUCCUACACGUACUUGUGCUCCCAACUUCGGUGGAAAUGGAGACCAGUGGGCAAUCUGGACAUCAUGGAUUUGAAUAAUCAGACUUUUCUGGUGACCUUCAACAACGAUCAGGACUAUCUUCAUGCGCUAACGGGAGGUCCAUGGACAAUCCUCGAUCAUUACCUCCUCGUUCAUGAAUGGUCUCCGAGUUUCAGAACAUCUGACCAGCCCUUCAAAUCGGUGGUCGCAUGGAUCCAAUUUCCCGAACUUCCUGUCCAUUUUUACCAUCGAGAAGUAUUGUUUGCUUUGGGGAACUUAAUCGGGAGAACCAUCAAGUUGGACUAUCAUACUGAACAUCUGGAAAGGGGGAAAUUUGCUCGAUUAGCCGUUGAAUUGGACAUGACGAAGCCCUUGGCUACCAGGAUUCGGCUGGAUGGGUUCUGGCAGCAAGUUACUUACGAGAACUUGCCCCAAGUCUGUUUCACAUGCGGCAGAAUCGGACAGAAUGAGGAUAGUUGUCCGAUGCAGGGGAGCGCAAAUCCCCGUCGACGGUGGUGGUGGGUGAAACGUUGGAAUUCCGGCCACCGCAACAAUCAUCUGAGCCUCCAGCCGGCUACGGGCCGUGGAUGCUUGUGGCACGGAAACCGAAUCAGAAACCAGCCAACAAUCAAGCCCAAACGGUAA